AUGAAGUUCACUACUGUCAUCGCCUCCCUCUGCCUGGUCGCGGCUCCAUUCGUCGCCGCAGAGGAUAUCACUACUUCAACUGCAACUAUGACCAUCACCAAGACUCUGGUUCGUGUCAAUUCGGUGACCCCAACUCCCAGCUCCAGCGCAAGCUCCAUCGCGAGUUCUAGCGCGAGUGCCAGCUCGAGCAACCUGAUCACCUCUGUUUCGACGUCGAUUCCUUUGUCUCGCGCGUCCUCCACUACUUCUGCUGCCGCAGCCGCUACUUCCACCGGCGCAGCCGCCAACAUUGGCGCUGGCAUGCCAGCUGCCUUGGCCGCCGCUGGCUAUAUUGUUGUGAUGGUGGGCCAGGCCCUGUAA